AUGCAGUAUGAUCAAGACCGUUCUAGAGACAAAAAGUUUGAGAGCUCAAAGUUUAAAACACAAGAAUCACAGAAAAAAUUCUCGAGAAAACACUCAAGCGAACAUUCGAAAUACCGACGAUUAUCUUCUGGUAAAGAAAGAAAAGUCUCCAAACCGGAAUUUGACGAUGCUCGACUAUUCUGCGAUCACUGUAAUCAAUACUACGAUAAUAUUUGUCCAUAUCAUAAACAAACUUAUAUUCCUGAUCGGAAAAUAUCAAAAUCCUCACUUACACAAUUACAUUAUAGAUCGGAUUUGACUUGUCCAGAUGGAAUUGUCAUCAAAGCGUCUACUAUAUCAAAUGCAGGCAAAGGGGUAUUCACUAACACACGAUUAGAAAAGAAUACAUUCUUCGGGCCUUACAUCGGUUUACGACAUUCGAAUUUUAAAAAUGCACAAGAAUCAGGUUAUGCAUGGAGCAUAGCGGAUAAAUACGGAAAAAUGAUCUAUAUCAUUGACGGAAAAGAUCCCAAUACUAGUAAUUGGCUGCGAUAUAUCAAUUGUCCGAAUACGAUUGAACAACAGAAUUUACAACCUAUUCAAUAUGAUCGAAAUAUGUUUUAUAAAACAACGAGAACAAUUCGACCGGGAGAGGAAUUAUUUGUGUAUUAUGGAGAUGAAUACGCUCGAUUUCUGGGCAUUGAACCAUUCAAUGCAGAUUCUAUGGAAAAGAGUAUCCUGUACAACACGAAAAUACACUGUGUUUUUUCUCUUCGUCAAAUACUCAGAUUUCAUCAAAGAAUUCUCAACGAAUCCGGUGGCCCAACAAUGUCGACACUCUACUAUACAUUAAAUAACACAGUUUUCACAAAUUUCGCAUUUUAUUCAACAGCAUCUAUCGUUAAAUUGAUGAGUAUGGCAGCAUUGACUACUAUGAAACGAUUUUCUACAGACGCAUUUGCUAAUCCUGAAGAUUUGAAAUUAGCUCGACAUCAGUCAGCUGUGGUGACAUUAGACGAUCCCGAUGUUGAACGACUUCGUCGCAAUCACUUGAAUGAUAUCGAAAACAUCGUACCAUUUGUAUUGGUGGGCUUCUUCUAUGUCGCUACAAAUCCUCAUCACGAUGUGGCUUAUUGGCAUUUUCGUAUUUUUCUCUUUUCACGUCUAGCACAUACUGUUUGUUAUCAAAUGCCACUACCACAACCUGGUCGAUUUCUUGCUUGUGCCGUUGGUUAUUUAACUACACUUUCAAUGGCUUUACAAGUCUUGGUAUCUACUGUCAUGUAA